AUGCCAGCCGCAGCGCCCGGAACCUCCCCAGACCGUGCUCCAGAACCUGCCUCCGAGGCUGGCUCAGAAUUUACUGAUCACGCUGAGGCGAGCCACCAAGACGAAGAAUCUGUUGCGGUGGAGUCUGAUGAAGAAGAGUCUAAUGAAGAGGAGUCUGGUGAGGAGGAGCCUAUUGAGGAGGAGUCUGUUGAGCGACAGUCCAUUACGGAAGAGUCUGUCGCGGACUUUUCCGAAGAGGAGCUCGAGGAAAGAUUUCCGUGGAUCAUGGACUUGGUUCGAGGAUUCUCUUCCUCAGGGGAUGCCACGUCUUUCAGGAGCCCUAACCCUCUAGGUCCCAUUGCAAGACCUUCUUGGCUGCAAGAUUCACAACCUCCUCGUCGUUCUGCCCAACGCAUAUUCGGAAUACCCGAUUCGCAACGCCAGAACGAGCCACAGAUUCGGCGAAGCACGAUGCUCACACAAUCUUUUGACAUGCAGGCACAGCAGACUGAACUCAAGCCACGUCGGUGCGUGAUACAGUCACACCAGACUGAGAUCCGGACACCCCAGACCGAGAACCAAACACUUCAGUUGGGCAUGCUGGCAGAAGACGGACAACCAUUGGAGAACCGAGUUGCCGAUCAUGGCCUCUGCGACAACUUCUCUCGGCAACCGGUGCACCCAGAAUCUUCGUCUUGGAGCCGAGAGGACGCGGCCGGCCGGUUUUUACCUCCAGUGACUCAAGAAGCAAGACAGGGUUGCAUGGCACAGUAUAGAGACAUCGAACAAGAGCAUGAGAGCCAUAUCUGCAGCAUGCUGCUGCCCUGUUACAACAUAGCCUGUAUGCGCGACAUGCCUGGGGGCAGAGGAUGUCGUUAUAGCGAUUUGUUCUACUCGAAAAGGGUCGACUCUAGAACGCUAAACUCCGGAUCUUCCAAGUCUGGGUCAACACGUCCAUGUGUCUGGGGUUGGGGUAAGAUCUUGAGGGAGUACGAGAGAGAACAUGGGUUGUUUGCAGCAAUAAUAGAUGAUUGGGAAAAAGUCGCAGCGUGGUAUCGGGAGCGACAUGUUUAUGAUGAAAGGUUCACAGGUCCGGUGUUGGUUCGAGAUCCGCCUAAUGCUGCUGAAGGAACCAAAUAUUAUUGGGUGCCCGAACCAGCACAGAAUUGGCGUGAACGCAGGAGUACUCUGUAG